CUUAUGCAUAUGCAUAUGCACCUAUACAAAUUUGCCUGGACAGGCCCUCGCUACGUCUAUGGUACAUGGCGUGGUAUUACGUCGGUAAUGCUAAUUUGAUUUUUAGUUUCACCUAAAUGAUGGCGCUUUCGUGUUGAUGUUCAGCUGUCAGCAUCGCCUUAAAGAGGUAAAAGUGAAUCUUACCGCGGCGCAGUUCGAUGAUACUUCAUGCGAAUUGCCAUUUUCGGAUUUUGCCCACAUUACAACGCAAGAACAUCCGCCACAUUGUCCGCCGAUAUGGAGGGACACCGCAGCGACGGCGUUAGCGGAGCGUAUCUCGCAGUUGCUGCCGGCAUUUUUGCGACCGGAGGCAGCCUUCUCGGCAAACUCGCUAGUGGCGUUGACGCGUUAUCAUUGCUAUCGUUGUUGCUAAAAGGAGCACUUCUGGUCUGUAUGAUCGUAAGCAACACCGUGGGAUGCACGUUUUUUGUCAAAGCGCUUCAUACUAGUGGAUCUUCCUUGCCGAUAACAAUUGCCAGCGCAGCUACAAAUUAUAUUUGUUCUGCUUUCGUAGGCUUCGUCGUAUUCGAUGAAUCCACAUCAUUGGUUUGGUGGUGUGGAACUUCCUUGGUACUUUCCGGCUUGAUUUUGAUCUGCUACGUUCCCGCUGAAAAGGACACUUCUGUCGAAGGGAAAUUGAAACAUCAAUAAUUGGCAACAAGCGCUUUUAUGUUAAAAGCGGUGAUAGUGAUAUUGUGAUUUACUUCAGUUUUUGUAUUAAAAUCAAUAUUUGUGAUUUUAUAUCGCAAAUAUUUAAUUAUUAAUGAAUAGAAUUAUUAAUAAUUGUAUACGCUUUAUUAUAAUAUUUAUCUACACUAAUAUUUUUGCUACGCAAUUUACAGAUAACUUUAAGAUGCGUAUCGAGAUAUAAUUUAUAAUUGUUCGGACAAGUGAUAUAAUAUACGAUGUUGUACGUGUAAUAUAUGAUAUCAUAUUUGUAAUAAUAUUAAUAUUAUGUAAUGUGAUAACAGAUCGACACAAUGCAAAAUUUGUACAAUAUAAACUAAGAUAUUCUAUCUAAUUAAACAGAAAAAU